AUGGACGUUUCCAGUAAUCGACUCUUUCGAUUCUCCAAGCCGGAAUGGCUGAACAAUGCCGCCGUGCGUAAUGCGGGCGUUUAUACAUCCGGCGCGCUGUUUGCCGCCGGCUUCUUCUUCCUCAUUGACGUCGCUUCAUUCUCGCGCAGUGCCCGCAAUGGCUCGGACGUGCAUAUCAAAUUCGUCGACUGGAUCCCUGGCAUUUGCUCGGCGCUGGGGAUGUUGGUGAUCAAUUCGAUUGAAAAGUCCCGGCUGCAGGCCGAUAGUUUCAGUUACAGUGGAGGUGGUGUGGCGUGGAAAGCGCGAUUCGUGCUAUUUUUGGGCUUUGCGCUUUUGGCGGGCGGUUUGGCGGGGAGUGUGACGGUCAUGGUGCUCAAGUAUCUGGUCAAGGAAUACCCGAUUCAGACGCUCUACUUUGGAAUUGCGAAUGUGGUUGCGAAUGGAUUGGUCAUGCUCAGCUCUGUUGUCCUCUGGGUAUCGCAGAACAUGGAGGACGAUUACACUUACAACCUGGCCCUGUGA